UUAUAUAAUAUAUAGACUUAUAGAGAGACCUUCUAAAAAAUGUUAAAAUGUAUUACUGGCACGCAAUAAAUGAAGACUCAGCACUCCACUUCUGAAAGGUUGCCGACCCCUGAUUUAAAUAAUUUCAUAAUAUCUGAAUUCUCUUUGAUCUUUCCUUAAAUUCAAGGAUAGAAUUUGAACAGCUUUUGUAUUUCUGGCAAGGAUACUGAGGUUCAAAGAAUGUAAUGAAUCCAAACCAGGUCAAUGAGAGCACUGGAUGGCUCAAGGGAUUGUUAGUUAGAGGGAUAUAAUAUGCUUCCAUGUAAGUCAUUGGUUUGAAUACAUUUCCAUGUCAGUAGUGACAGAAAGUCGCCAUCUCAGGGAUGUUCAAUGAACUAUGGGCCUGAUCCAAAGCCCACUGAAGUCACCGAAAUUGUUUUCAUUGACCUCAGUGCCUUGUGGAUUUGACUCUGUUAAAGAUUAUGGUGGAUGGGGUUGUUCAGGUAUCAGAGGACAAACUUUGCUAUCAGAAGUUCUGAGAGUCCAACAGAAAGCUCAAAAACUGAAUGGGCAUGGAGAAUGAACUUAUACAUUCACUUACUGAUGUAGUCCCUCCAGGCUGCACUUAUUCUGUGAAUAAAAAGAGGACUUAAUUCACCAGGACUGUCCACCCAGCACCUUUCACAAAUAUAAAAAAUGUGCAAAAAAGUUCAGUGAAAAAAAAUAUAAUGUAUUCCUCAAGCAAGAGCCUAUUUUUUUUGAAUUUGUGUUAAUAAAUGUAUAAUUAACAUUAUACAGAUCAAAUUUGCCUUUUUUUAAACUAAUUUGGAAACAGAAAUCCAGAAGAGAAUGUUCCAGUUCCCUCUAGUGGGCACUACAACUGAGGAGUUUAUUUACAUUUUGAUUUGCAUUCAUUCUUUCUAAAUACUAGAGAGAAUUAUGUGUAUAGUCCUAUCAACACUGUGGUUCUACCUUAUUUAAAUCACUAGACUGGUGCUAAUCUAAUAUUUGUACCAAAAAUAGCAUGUUACAUGCAUUAUAUUUACUGUUAUACCUAAAUAUGUGCUGUAUACUAAUAAAAAUAAAUCCUAUGUGAUAGCUGUGGACUUGUCUCUUAAAUACCCAAGUAUUUAAAAGCUUUCUUCCUGUGACAGAGACUGUGGUGAUGAGCAUAUUAAAAACGUGUUUAUAAGUAGUAAGCACAAUACAUCUGUUGUAUACUGUAUACAGCUACUGAAAUCUGUUUUCCUUUAAUGUUUCUACCUCUUUUGGGUGCAUACAUUGGGUUGUUAUUGUAGAAUCACUCAUGAAUAUUUGGCUGCGUCUGUUUUUUAAGCAGACGAGCACUAGAAUAUUCUAUUUUAGGAAAUAAAUCCAAAGAAGGACACAGGCGUUGCCAACAGAUAUAAGAAAGAGAAAAGUGAGAUAAAGGCAUGCUUUCAGUUUUAAAAAUCACAAUUAAAAACUGAUUUAUAGAUUCAUAGAUGUUUAAGGCCAGAAGGGCCCAGUGAUCAUCUAGUCUAGCUGCCUGCAUAAUGCAGGCCACAGAAACUCACCCAGGCAUUCCUACAUCAAGCCCAGAACUGAGCUAUUAGCAUAUCUUUAAAAAGCAAAACAUUGUCUUGACUUGAAGAUUGCAAGUGAUGGCGAAUCCACCACGUCCCUCGGUAAGUUGUUCCAAUGAUUAAUUAUUAUUAAUGCUGUUACCAAUAACACAAUAUACCUUUUGCUAUAAAUAAACCUAUAGAUAUAAGAAGUCUUACCAUCAUCUUCUUACAGAGGCUUAGAUUGUGCUGGAAAUAUCUUCCAGGUGUCUUUUCAGACUGUUUAGAGAAUUUCCACUGCUCUCUCUCAUCUUUCAUGUAUUUCAGGAAGAAGGGGGAUUCUUUCAAGAUUCUAAUGUCUCUCAAAUAUUCCAGAUAUCUUGAUUUUUCCCUCUUCAUUUCCACCUCACAGCAAGCCAGAGCAAUCAACCAACCAUGUAGUGUGGUUUCCAGCUCCAUACUGGGUUUGGGAUGAGUUAGAUUCUCAGUUAAAUGAUACAUGGAUUCUGCCUCCAUGUAUUACUCAGGAGAUGCUAUCAUAUGUAUGUGGAAAUCCGCAUAGAGUCUAACGAGCUGGGAUGCUUAGAACUAGCCAUGCAUCUCAUUGAUCCUUAUUGCAUCAGCAAUCCCAAGAUGUCCAUGUUGAUCUUCACUCUGCUCCCUUUAUUAAUAUCAAGCAGAAAAUAUAAGUAAUACUUCUGUUGCUAAAAACAUCGGGUGAAUUCUGUACAACCCAAGCUUACUGAGGCGUUCAGAGCAAUUACCUCUUUCUACCACACCAGUUGCAUUUUUGCUUCUCAAAAGCAACUUGUUCCAACAAGUCAUGUAUAUUUGCAUGCUGCACAGCCUCUUAAAGUGAUAGUAGGACUAAAAUAGCUGCAAUACCAAGGUUAUGCUACUUUUUACUAUUUUCAUUCUUUACCUCAGAAAUGUUUAAUCACAAAAUUGACCUAAUAAGUUUUAUUUGAUAAAAAUAUUGAUUCCAAACAUCUUCAAACUUCUUUCCUAAUUAUUUUUGUUGUCCCUGCCCCCUUCUCUCCCUCUUUCAUUUUUUAGGAUUCUCUACUUAAAAAUUGUGUUCUGUAUUUGGGCUUCUUAUUUCAUUCUCAAAUGAAUAUUUCUGUGUAGAUUUUCCCAUGUUAUUGGGGUUUUUUACUAUAUGGUAAGGCUAAAGGACCAACACAUUUAACACUGCAAUUUUAUUGUACGUAGAGGGCAACCUUUUCAAACUUAGGCAUCUAAAUUUUGGCAUCAGCUUGGAAUGCUGGUUUUAUUCCUGUUGGGAUGAGCAUACAGAGAAAAACAUUAUAAAGAUGUGGAUGAAAUUCUGCUAUACAAAUUAGCAAAAAAAAUUUAAGAACCUCACUGCAAUGGAAAUAGGUGAUGUAUAUACAUUUUAAGAUGUAAAAGCCAUCAUAUUUUUUGUCUUGUUAUAUCACUCACAAGCCUAUUAGGUUAGUUAUUGUAACUGUGCUAUGAAAGGAAUGUAUGUGACUCUUUCUGCCUUUUUAAAAACUCAAUAAACUUAAGAAAAAGAGAGUUUUCUUUGGAAUGUAUAAUAAUUGGGGAAUGUACUGUAAAGUAGUAAUUAAUUAAUUCUGAGGUCUUUAAAUGGGUUCUUUAAAAGUUUUCUCUGGAUAGAAGUUUAAAGGGUUGUUCAUAAUUUAUACUAUAAUGACCCUAUUUAGCUCAACAGAAGGAAAAUAAUUCCACCAUUGCCUAAGAACUAUAUUUAGGUAUCAAUUGACAAUUAAACUAAUUACUCAGUUUAUGUCCAUGAUGACUGAACAAUCUAAAGCAAAUGAAUAAUGAUACUUAGCAUUUACAUUCACUUGUCAUCUGUAGAUCUCUGUGCUUUAAAAGAUUAGAAAGCAUUAAUGGUGACUAGUUCAAGUGAAAGCGGUGUACUCAAAAAUAAAAUGCUACUAUGGGGUGAAAGUCUGUUCGAAUUUGAGCACGGUAUUGAGCCCACAAAAUUUAACAUCUAAAAUGGAGCAAAAAUACUCCUUACCCAAAUACUGAAGCAGAACAAAUAUAGUUGUGUAUAUAUAUUGCUACACUGCAUUUUGUAGGAAUGUGACAGUUGCUUUACUGGGUUAUGAUGACAGUCUCCCUAGUCCAGUAUCCAUUGCAGAUAGUUAUUUUUUGUCUCAAGAAGUGGAUUUGUAAAUAUUUUGUAUUAUUACCAAAGAUUCUAUUCAGAGUUUGCUGGGGAAAGUUAUCUUGCCUUAUGCAGGGAGGAUCUGGAGGAAAUAAGGGCUGAGUAUAGACCCCUGCAUUGUAUUUGCAGAGAGGCAGCAUGAUCCAAUGGCUGGGGCACUGGCCUGGAACUCAGGUAACCUGGGUGUUUUCCCCAGCUUUGCCCCUAACCUCUAGGUGCUACUGAACUAUAAAUAAUUGUAAUAAUAAAACGGCAUAAUGCACAGCAUGUAUGCAAUACUUUGCUUUUGCUCAUGUGUAUGUUCUUUGCUGACAGUCUUUCUGUUGACUUCAAGGGGAGCUGGAUCAGGGCACACACAAGCAAGCGCGCUCUCUCUCUCUCUCUUUGUCUCUCUCUCUCUCUCUCACUCUCCUACAAACUUGCAUGUGAGUGUCUUUAGGCAAUGGGACUAUGCAUUUGCAUAGAAUUGUGUUUUCAAGAUCAUGGCGAAAGUUUGAAAUUUUAAAUCUGUUUUAGGGCUAUUCCAGCUUAAACAAAGCAAGUGGAAAAUAGCUUUGCUGGUGAAAACUCCUUUUUGUCUCCUGUUUCAAUACCUGGUGUGUUGGCCAAGAUACAAAUAAAUCUGUCUAGUUAUCAGUCCAGUCCUGUAGCUAAAUGAAUAAUCUUAAAAUAUAAUUGACUUUUUUAAUGUCAGAAAAUGUGUUAAAUAAUUUAUAAUGGUUAUUAUUUAACUUGCACUAGAUAAGAGAAAUUUUAGUACAUUAUAUUGGUUAAAGUUAUUAGACACUAAAAAUAGGAAAUUAGAUUUAAGACCUUGCGUUUAGGGUAUGCCUUUACUGAACAGUUAACUUAAGUUUUCUACACUUGAGUUACCCGUCUUGAGUUAGCCCAGCUCAAGUGAGAGUGGCUGCACUGUGAUUUAGCACGUGAACUGCCAUGGCCACACUGGCACGUCACUCAUUCGUGUGUGGCACUAAGACUUCUGGAGGCAUAUCUUAUGGUGGUCUGUGGUUUAAGCUGAAGCCUAAAUACCCUGAUGGACUGGCCAACUCAAGUUGGAAUCACCACCAUGCUUGAGUUACAGGUUUUUGUGUGUGAUGGGACGCAAGUUUAGGGCAACACUUGAAUUAUAAUUCAGGUUAACCUUAUGGUGAAGAUAAGGUCUAAAUCUCAAAUAUCUUUGCACUAGUGGUGUUGUAAUGCACAUGCAUAGCAACAAUAAAUGCUGCAAGUCGGUGUCUCACAAGAACUUUGCAGGGCAAUAGGUUUAGUCCAAUUAGAGGGCAAUAAACUAAGCCCUCUGAGGUGAAAGACAAAUAAUGACAUUCAUUUAUCAUAGAUCAACUAGGUCUUUAACACUAAUCUUCAGAUUGGCAGCACCUUGAUUUAAGCCAGUCUAACAGCUUAUUGAUAUUCAAGUGGAAUCAAGGAUGUGUAGUCACUAAAUACUAGUACUAAAAUGGCAAGUAUUGGUAUUCAUCUUCAAAAAAUAAUAGGUGUUAUAGUUUGAGGAGAGUUUUCUGUUAUAUUGAUCUAACCUGGGAUCUAUAGGUGCACAAUUUAAACUAAAACCUGCAUGGUUCUAAUCUCUCUCAUGCCUUUUGGCAACUCUUUUAUGCAAGCUUCAAAAGUGAGAAAAAAAUUGUCCUUGACAGAUAUUUCCAACAUACCUAUAGAUUGGCAACAUCUUGAUUAAGAAAGCUGUUAGCACAAUUUAUUAUUUAUGUAACACCAUGAAGCUAACAGCAGUGGUUUCUUAAACUGGGGCUAUCUGAAUAUUGUUUAUAAUCCAAUCUAAUGUAUUAAUUUUUAGAGGCAAAACAGUUUUCAGAUGGAACAGUUAAAAGGCAUAUAUGACAUUAGCCUACAACAGCAUUCUUGGGAGUUGGUGGUACCACACUUUCUGCUUUGUUAAUCAAAAAUUAUCCAGAUUUAUAUGGCUUAAUUGUCAAUGGGAGUUUUGCCAGAUUUUGGACUAUGUGCUGAAGGACUAGGCUCUACGGGAAUUGCAUGUCACAUCUUUGAACAGCUAUUCUGAAUGUGGAGGUGUGAAUGUGUAUGAACAGAUAUAUUGUAUCAUAUUGCUAUUUAAUGAAUUAAUUGUUAAUACAGUUUUGUUAAAAGUGUGUCCAUUUUAUUCAUGUACAAACACGUUAUUUUUCCCUUACACAAGAGAGACAGGGUGAUAUGGUGGAAAAUUCACAAGAUGUAGUUCUCACCCAUGCCAGUGAUUCACUAUUUGAGCUUCAACAAGUCUCUGAGGGCCAAAUUUUCAGAAGUGUGCACUAAAUUCAGGUGCCUCCAUUUUUGGUUGCCCAGCUUGAGAUACGUGGGGCCUGAUUUUCCAUAGAUUCUGAGAAGCUAAAAUCUAAUUCAAGUCAAAAAAUUAAGUCCUAGAUAGGGUACCUUAAUAUCAAAGGCACCCAAAAUUAAUUGAUAGAUCUGAAAACGUGAAGCAUGUAAAUUAGGGAUCUCUUUUGAAAAUGUGGGCCGGUAUCUCUAUGUAAGUCUACAAAUCUAUCUUCAUGUUUUGAAAUUGUUUUAUUGCCCUUGCUUUCUCUGAUGUUUCAUCACAAUAGGACAUCCCUUUUUGAUUCUGCUGUGAUGGUGUGUGGGGGUAUGUGAAAAAAUAUAAAGGACAUGUUGAAUGAGCUAAUAAACAUUCAGGAACUUUUCCACAUUUCCAGACUACAGCUAAACAACUUAUCCAAACAUUUUUUCCCAACUAAUCACCCCCCCUGGGGAACUAGGUUUAGAUAGGAACUUCUAAUACACGCAUCCAGGAGUAAAAGAUGGGUUGAAUUAACAGAAAUUCCCUUAUCAUAAUUAUAAUCUACAGUAAAUGAGUUUAACUGGUUACCCUGGGUCCUCCCCUUUGUAGCCCCUGCCCCCACAGCAUCCACAGAAUGACUUCAGUUCCUUUAUAAAGCUAGCAGACUACAUGCCGCUUCCUUCGCUCACCUGAAACUGCAGGACAUUUAAAUUAAAAGUCCACACAAGUAAGAUUAGUAUGUUUCUGCUGCUGCUUCAUCUGCUCGUGAUCUCAGGUCUUGGAGCAACAGGACAAGGUGGAAAGCUGCAAAGGAACAAGAGGAGAAUUCAGCACCUUUCCUAUCAAGAUAAAGAUUUGCUUGAAAGAGAGGGCCCUAGCAAGUUGCUGGUGCAAGAUCCCAUGGACUAUGAAGAAAUCCUAGAAGAACCGAGUUUAUUUGUAGCAGCCACAGAGAGCCGGAAGCAGGGAGAAAAAAAAUCAUCCAGAUUUAUCCUUCCAUAUGUAGAGCUUGAUGUGCACCGAGAUCUGGGAAGCUGGACUGCACCUAAAGAGACCUCCCAUUCUGAAAGCAUGAGACGCUUCCUACCUUCACACUCAGUCAACAAGAAGGAAGCUGAGCCCCCCUACAGGAAAGAUGCUAAAAAAUUCUGGGACCAUUUCAUGUUUAAAAAAAAUUCAGCUUCUGAGGAGGUUGUUCUGCCAAUCAAGACCAACGAUAUGUACCAGGAGACCUGCAGGACGCUGCCUUUUUCUCAGAGUAUUGUGCAUGAGAACUGUGAAAAGGUGGUGGUGCAGAACAACUUGUGCUUUGGGAAGUGUAGUUCCUUUCACGUCCCUGGCCCAGAAGAUCGUCUUUACACCUUUUGUUCCCACUGCUUGCCUACCAAGUUCACCAUGAAACGCUUGGAGCUGAACUGCACCAGGUCUGUCACCAUUGUUAAGGUGGUCAUGAUUGUGGAGGAUUGCAAGUGUGAGAUUCAGAAGAUUAAAGAUUCUGAUAUAGGACCCCUACAUUCAGACUUGCAUUCAAAUGUAUAUGAGCACAAUUAACCUGCUCAAAAGCACCUUUAAGCCCCAUAAUCAUUAGCAUCCGUGUGAAGAUGUAGAUUAUCUCUUUACAUCAUGUAUAACGUUACCUGAAAUGUAUAAGAUGUUUCUCUGUGUGAAAGAGAGGGAGGGGGGAGCAUGGUGUGGAAGUCUAAUCUCUUCAAAAUGUCUCCUCCUUGCUACACUGGGUCAGUUCCAUUGGUGUCAACGAAGUUGAGAUCCCGAGCAUAUACGAGCCAAAAGCUGUCACCACUGUUUUAAACACCAUGUUGAUUAGACCUGCUCAGAGCCAGACUUUUCUCUGCAAAAAGAGGUGUGUUUUUUACAUUGAGAUAGCUAACUCAAUGUAAUAGUGGAGUAACAGCAUAGGUAGUUAUUACUGUUGUGUAGCUAGUCAAGGUCAACCCUAACAUGGCUGCAUUGAGGUAAAACUACAGUGCCUUGUCUCCACUAGCAUUUUACACUGACAUGGUGAUCUUGAGUUAGCUAUCUCAAUGUAAAACCACAUAUUUUCUUUUUUUGCACUGAAGACAAAGCCGAAGUCUAAGCAACAAUGCAACUUAAAGUUAGAGCUAGUCUAAUUAUUUUAAUUGAUGCAUUUUUGUUUUUGUUUUUUCAUUGAAGAGGGACUUUUCAACCUAAACAAAAAAUAUUGCUCAAGAUUUUCAUUUUGGUCAAAAUUGUCUGGUUUUUUGAUGAACAAAAGUUUCCCUUAAAGAACAACUGGCAUUUUCUGAGCAACUUUAUUUAAAAUGCUCGCAGCAAUUGGUGACCUCAUCUAUAACAUGUAUUCCCAGUAUUGCUAACACUGGUGGAGGUGAGCCACCAUUAGCAAUGGUGGGAAAUCUUUGAGAAAUAUCCAUAGCAUAAACAGGGUUGAAGGUGACAUGUAAUUCCAUUGACUUCUAAGGAGUCAAUCCUGAUUUACACCAGUGUAAGAAGAGAAUCAGGUCCUAUAUAUUAUUACUAUUACAUGAGAAGAAAGAAUCUUUGUGUAACAAAUACUACCAACAAUAGAGUAUUUUAAAAUAUUAAAAAGUAUGAAGCAGUUGCCUAGCUGCCGACAUGUUUGCACUGGAGGACUUUCUGGUGAUGCUGAAGACAGCUCAAUAACUGGGUGGGCGUGAGAUAGAUUAAAUACUCAUUUAGAGAUUGGUUUUGCUGCCCUCAUUCAUGUUCAGUAGUACCUUGAAAUGGGACAGUCAACAGAGUAAGGUAUGAUUCAGGUGAAUAAGGCUACCAGAAUCAACUUUAAAUGAUCAAAGAUGUUUCUUAAAAUUGAGUUACAAUACUGUGCAAAAUAGACGCUAAUGUGACAGGGAGGAAUCGAAUGUUGCUGUGUGUACUUUAUCGUCAUCUCUAUGGGGGUAAUUUACAGGAUCUUUCCCUGCAAUGUGAUUAUUUGAAUAUGUUCACUUGCUAUAAGAAUAAGUGGAAGGGAUACCCCACUCAAUGAAAGGUGACUUACAAAAUGUUAUGAAUUUGCAGGAGCAAAAUACAAUAUUUAUGAAAGUUGGGAUUAAUUGUUCUGCUAUUUUUGCAAAGUAAAUGAAUCUGACAUUUAUAACCAACAUUUUUGUAAAAUAACUUGAAUAAAAUAACUGUGACUCAUUCUGUAAAGCAUUUAGGGUCUGAUUCUGAUCUCACACUGAUAUCAAUCAGAAGUAAUGCUAUUGAAGUCAGUGGAAUGACGCCAAUGUAAAACUGUAGUGAGCCAAAAUCAGGCCCUUAAUAAAAACCUUGUAAGUA